UGGAGCCUGCUCUGGGGCCGAGUGGCCGCGCGAGGUACCCGCGCGGUGCCUCCUGAGUGGCCCGCCGGGCGGAAGGAACUGCAGACCAGGUCACCGAGCUAUGAUCAGCUCAGUGGCGGGGCCAGACUGCUGCGGAGGUCUCGGCAAUAUCGAUUUUAGGCAGGCAGACCUCUGCGUUAUGACCUGGCUGCUGGGCUACGUAGACCCCUCGGAUCCCAGCUUUGUGGCUGCUGUGCUCACCGUUGCUUUCAACCCGCUCUUCUGGAAUGUGGUGGCAAGAUGGGAGCAGAAAACUCGCAAGCUGAGCAAGUCCUUUGGGUCCCCCUACUUGGCCUGCUACUCUCUGGGCUGUGUCAUCUUGCUCCUGAACUUCUUACGCUCAUACUGCUUCACACAGGCAAUGUUGAAACAGUCCAAGAUGGAGGGCCUGGAUAACCCCACUGCCUACUGCCUGGGCCUUGUGCUCCUGGGUGCAGGUGUCCUGUUGGUGCUGUCCAGCUUCUUCGCACUGGGGUUCACCGGAACCUUCCUAGGUGACUAUUUUGGAAUCCUCAAAGAGGCCAGAGUGACCACAUUCCCCUUCAACGUCCUGGACAACCCCAUGUACUGGGGGAGCACCAUCAACUACCUGGGCUGGGCCAUCAUGCACGCUAGUCCUGCGGGCCUGCUGCUGACGGUGCUGGUAGCCGUGGUCUACGUGGUGGCCAUCCUGUAUGAAGAGCCCUUCACCGCAGAGAUCUACCGGCAGAAAGCAGCCAUCAAGUCUCACAAAAGGAGCUGACUGGGAUGUCAUGGACCCAUCAAGGGCCUGCCUGGCCUCUCAGCCUGCACCAGGCUCCCAGCUCUACUAGGGGAGACCACUGUUCCCUGCUCCUGGCGCAUGCCUGGCACAGGCCACUCCAGUGCCUUGGAAACCACUGCCUUGGGGGCCCCAGGCUGCUCUGUGGCCAACUUUCCCCCCGUCCUCAAUGUGCCACCAAUAAAAGCCCCCUGACCCCAGCACCCCCUCUGGGCUCUGUCCAUCUUUGUCCAUGGGGCUUCAGGAGGGCAGGGCAGGGCAGCGCAGGGGAAAGGGAGGCCAGCUGGCCCCAGUUCUUGCUCCCAUUAGAACCUUGCAGUGCUGAGCGAUGGCACUGCCUUCGAAGAAAAGGAACUCGAAAGGCUUCAGUAACUGGCCAGGCUAUGCUCACAGCUCCUUUCUGAGGCAGCAGGGCAUCCUGAGUGACCAGUGCCCCAUCAGCACUCCUGGUCUUUCAGCCCUGAGAUGGAGAUGUGGCAGAGGAGGUGGUCACCCUGUCAUCCUUGGCCUGUCCAAUGUAGCUGGGGAAACAACAAUGCUGUUCCACUAAAAUGAUGGAUGUGCUGCUGGGGGUUGGCCUCUGGUUGGAGACACAAGCAUGUGCCAGGCGGGGCACAGGUGACCAAGAGUAUAGGCUCAGGAGUUACCACAGGGACUGCAGAGGUGGCCACGGGAGAGACCACUCCCCCUUCUGACAUCAAUACAGCCAUUUCCUGACAUGACCCCCAUUCUACCACUAACAGCUGUGCCCACCUCAGCCCUAGGACCCUGGCUGACAUGAGCUAGUGGGCUUUGGACUG